ACUCCGCCCAAGGAAGAGUGUUCGCUAUUGAGACAGUAGCGAUGAAGAGAUAGAUAACUUUAAUAGUAGCACUAAGGAUUCAACGGAUAAGGAUGAUGUCGACUGGAAAGAUCACAACUUUAUAUCUCACCAUAAGGAGCAAGGUAAACAAAUCAAUACUCCAAAAGCUAAAUAAAAGAGAUCUAAAAGCACUCUCAAAGCAAAAUGAGCAAGAAGAAAGCAAAGAAAAAGACAAGACAACUAGAGGAAUUAUAAGCUUUGAGCACUUUAAUAUACAAGUCACAUCUUGUAGAGGAAUUGAAGCUCUUAUAAGACUGUAAGUGGUAAAACUUUAAUGUUCACAAGAUCUGGGUCUUCAAAGCCCAGUAUUAUCUUUAUGUCUGAAGCUUUUCUCCUGAUUAACUCCCUAAACACUGUUUGAUUCAGAUACAAUUCCAUUUUCGAAAUCGUGAAAGAUAAGGGCAAGAAAUUGGAUGAAGAGGAGUACAUCGUCCCACUUUGUGAUAGAGAAGUCUUCUUGCAUGAAACAAGUGUGAAGCUAUCAAAAUAAAGAUUCCUUCCUAAAGAAUAAAUUUAAAGAGGGAUGGCAAUGCAAAGAAUUUGAUCAGAUCUGGCUUGGAAUAUUUAAGGAUGGUGAUGGUGAAAUAAAAUCCUUGAAGACUUCCAAAAAUCCAAGUGAUUUAAAAUAAAAUGUACAUUUCUAAAGCAAAGGAAAUAUUCCAAAAAUACAAAGCAAAAUCUUUUGACAGGGACAAGUGGAGAAUAACAAACUCAUCAUCAGGAGGUAUUUCAGAUGAGCUUUCUCAGAGAGCCAUCAAAGCGUUCUGUGAGAUUUACUCCAUCUGCACCAAAGACUUUGAAUAUAUUAUGGGAGAUUGUAGCCACUAUGAGUGGCUUAGAGACAGUAUUGGUAAAGCAGAAACGUUUUUUGAGAUGAUAAAUUGCUUCUCAAGUUAUUAUAAACCAGCAUUUAGCCGUUUAAUAUACUUUUUGGUCAAUAAUUGUGAUGAAUGGCAAGGAUACUCAGAUAAAAAGUUUAAAUCACAUCCAGAUGACAGACUUUGUCUUCUACAAAAUUCUCAUAGAUACAUAGCUGAUUUCAGAGGGGAAGGGAAUUCUCAUAUUGAUGAAGUCUUUUAUGAAAAUAUGAAAAGCCUCCCUCUUACUACGAUCCUCUAUGAGGCAUUUGAAAUUAUCCAGCUAAAUCAUAAUUAAAUGGGUGCUAUUCAAAUCAAAUACGCAUCCAUUUAAGAUUCUAGCAUGAAUCAAAAAAGAAUUAUGUGUUAGCAACAAUAAUUUCAAAUUUCAAUCAC